GGGCCGCGCGCGGCGGUGUUUGAAUGGCUGUGAGUGGGGCCCGGCUGGGGAGCCGAAGGACGCUCUGAGCUGCCGGGCGCGGUUCAGCAGCACAGUGGCCGAGCUCGGGCGCUGCGGUACCAUGAGGCGCCGGUACUUAAGAGAUUAUGGCAUUUGAUACUCACCAUGUUAAAAAACGGAACUUCUCUAACUGUAUUGAUCUUCCUAGAAAGAGGAUCUCUAAUUUCACCAGUAAGAACAUGAAGGAGGUUAAGAGAUCUCCAAAACAGUUGGCUGCUUACAUAAGUAGAACUGUUGGACAGGUAGUGAAAAGCCCAGAUAAACUGCGCAAGGUGCUCUGCCACAGAAAGUUAGUUCGGCAUUCCUUCCCAAAUCCUUGUUAUAGAACUAAGCAGUCCCCAAAAAGUGGGGGCUGUGACAUGGCAAAUAAAGAAAAUGAACUGGCUUGUGCAGGCCAUUUACCCGAAAAUUUACGCCACGACAGUCGGACAUUUGUCAUUAAUACCAGUGAUUCUGGGUCUUCACAGACAGAAAACCCAUCAUCAAAAUAUAGUGGUUUCUUUUCUGAGGUUUCUCAGGACCAUGAGACAAUGGCCCAGGUUCUAUUCAGCAGGAAUUUGAGAUUGAAUGUAGCUUUGACUUUCUGGAGAAAGAGAAGUAUAAGUGAACUUGUAGCUUAUUUAGUGAGGAUAGAAGACCUCGGAGUUGUGGUAGAUUGCCUUCCUGUUCUAACCAAUAGUUUACAGGAAGAAAAGCAAUAUAUCUCACUUGGCUGCUGUGUAGACUUACUUCCUCUGGUAAAGUCUUUACUUCAAAGCAGAUUUGAAGAAUAUGUAAUUGUUGGCUUAAACUGGCUUCAAGCAGUAAUAAAAAGGUGGUGGUCAGAACUCUCAUCUACAUCAGAAAUUAUAAGUGAUGGAAAUAUUAAGAUUUUAAAGCAACAGUUGAGUGGAUUAUGGAAACAGGAAAACCAUCUUACUUUGGUUCCAGGAUAUACUGGUAAUAUAGCUAAGGAUGUAGAUGCUUAUUUAUUACAGCUGCAUUGAGAGAUUUCAUCUUCUAAAGAGUAUUUGGUUAUUCAGACAGCGCUGGAUUAUAUGAUCUCCCAAAGUAGGUCUCUCCUGAGAACCGAGAGCUGUGGAAGAAAUAAAACCAAUUUUUUUUUUCUUUUAAAAAGCCACAUAAUAAAACCACUAAUGAAAUCCUAACAAUCUACUUCACAUUGAAGUGGAAGCAUGGAGAAGGAGCAGCAUCAACUUCAAUGAGGUGAAAGUGCACUAUGAAGACUGUUUGCCUUUGCUGCACACAGAAUUUAAAUGACCAUUUGGUAGCGUUGUUUAAGAACUACUGGGUCUUAACUCAGUCCUGCAUAAGAAUAUGAUUUAUAGUAUGCAAAAGUAAGACAGGACUUAUUACCAGGAACUAUAAAGACCAAUAUUAAAAUUUUUAUUGUGUUUUAUGAAGAAACACUUAAAUGUGUGCAGCUAUUUUCUUCUGUCGGAAAGACUGCAAAAGUUUAAAAUAUAGUAAGUAAUAUUAAAAAUUUUUGUCCACACUGAUACUGUGUACAAAUGCCUUAAUUAUUGAUAAGCCAAUGUGUUAUAAUACCAAUAUCUCUUUUUAAAAAAAAUUUAAAGCAACCAUGCUCUGGCAUGAUAAAAUCAUGGAAUUAAAUCAGGGGUUUACAUUCAUUCAUGUAGAAUGUUGUUGAAAUAUAUUCGACAUCACUUUUUUUAAACUUGAGAAAUUUUUAGCAUCUCUUGAUUCUUUUUAUCAGAAACUUCAUGUUAUGUUUGUAUGUAUGUGUUAUUCUUAUAUAAAGAAAAAAGGUGAAUAUGUAUUUGUAUGAAUGUUUAACUGGAAAUGUCCAUGGAGUUGGCUAAUUUAUAUUCACUUUUUAUUGUAUAUAGAGUUCUAAUAUUUUUCAUUUCUGUAACAUUUAAACUUCCUUUGAGUAAAUUUACUAAAUAUUUCUA